AUGCAUAGGUUCACACGUGCACAGGUCCACACGUGUGAGAAGAACAGUGGACAAAACGAGGCCAACUUUUUUCUUCAAUUUUACGAUAAAUUUGAGCUUCCAUCUGCUCCACGACGCACAGACAUUGUUCCCCUGCCGUUCCCCUCCUCCGAACCGCUCGUCCUUGGUGCGUCCUUGGUGCCCCUCGUCCUUCGUGACAAGCAGCGGCCUGCCAAGUCUCUGUCAUCGGAAAACGUCCCUCCCUCUCCCUUUACGGAACGUCGGCGUCGUAAUUCAUUCCAAUUAACACCGUCUCCGCAAGGGCAUCGGUGAAUAUAUGAGAGACAAGCACUGGGCAAAUGGGAAAGUGUCCUGGGCGACACAGGUGAAACAAGCGGCCCCCAGUGACAGACCGACCACGAUAGGCUGUCCGAUCAUAGCCCGCAGCGAGACGGAUAAGCAGGAGCGAGACCAGAGACGACGAAGAGGCGAGAAAGAGGGCGCUGCUCUAUGAGUUUGUCGAUUCAACAGUGGCAGCUGCAACUCUGCGGGAACACGUGUUACACGUAUCCGCGGAAAACUAUCCUCGCUGUAUCCUCGCUUGCACUGUAAUGCACAAGGGGUGCAAGUGAUACUCCUUCCGCGUCCUCGUUCCCGCUACUCCCUCUUCCACAUCUCCUCCCCGGUCUCUUCCCCGCACCGCCUCGCCACCCCCACCAGCACCUGCACGCUCUCCGCGAGCGCCCUCGUCCGCCGCACCAGUCGCUCCUUCUCGCGCUCCACCCCGCGCAUCCACCCCGUUUUCCGCGGCGACAGCAGCACGUCCAGCUCCUCGAGUACGCCCCCGCCCUCUAUCCCGCUGCUGCUGUUUCCGCCGCCCAUCCUCGCGCGCUGCCAGUGCUGAGGGGGGGGGGGGGGGAUGCUUACCAGUGGAUCGCGGCACGCGGCGGCCCCGACUUUUAUGCACACUGCUCGGGCGCGCGCGAGCAAGUACGGCGAGCGCACGCGCGCUGUGCAUGGGUGCGGCGGGGACGGGCGAAACCCGGCCGCCCGCGGCGACGGACGCGCGCGACACCGAUUGUGUCGAGCGGGCGGCGCGCGCAACGGAGGCGGCGGCACGCAGUCGGACGCUCGCGCUUCGGGCGGGCGGCGCGGGCGGCCGCGGGAUGCGCGCAUCGCUGGGCACGGGCGGGAAGCGGGGGGGCGUGGUGCUUGCGCUGGGGGUCGCGCGUGGUUUGAACGGGAAGCGUUUGCGGGCGGAGAUGCAGCGAUGCUAAGUGCGGCUCAGCCCUGAGGGCGUGUCUUAACAGGCUGGUUUUUGGUUUGCCUUGCCCGGUUUUGCCAGGAAUACUUUUAAAUUCUUAACAAAUACCGUAUGCUUCUUAAGCCCUUGCUUUUCUUAAACACAUAAAUUAAAACGU